CAGACGUGAUCCUGCAGCUCUGCAGAGGAGCACAGACCUGGAAGUCCAGGUGUUUCCACUCAGUGAUCAGCACUGAGCACAGACAGCUCACCAUGGAGUUUAAAAUGUGCUGGAUUUUCCUCCUUUUCAUUUUAAAGGGUGUCCAAGCUGAGGUACAGCUCGUGGAAUCUGGGGGAGGCUUGGUGCAGCCUGGAGGUUCCCUGAGACUCUCUUGCCUGGCCUCGGGAUUCACCUUCAGUAACUCCUGGAUGAGCUGGGUCCGCCAGGUUCCAGGGAAGGCCCUGGAGUGGCUCGCAAACAUCAAUGGUGAUAGUAGUAAUAUAAAGUACGCAGACUCCGUGAAGGGCCGAUUCACCAUCUCCAGGGACAACGGCAAGAACACGCUGUAUCUGCAGAUGAGCGGCCUGAGAACUGAGGACACGGCCCUGUAUUACUGUGCUGCAGACACAGUGAGAGAAUGUCACUGUGUCCACGCAGAAGCACAGCUCAUAGAGUCUGGAGGAGGCUUGGUGCAGCCUGGGGAGUCCCUUAGACUGUCCUGCGUGGCCUCGGGAUUAACCUUAAGCAAUUACUGGAUAGACUGGGUCCACCAGGCUCCCGGGAAAGGGCUGGAGUGGAUCUCAGCUAUCAGUAACAGUGGUAGCACAUAUUUCGCUGACUCCGUGAAGGGCCGAUUCACCAUCUCUAGGGACAAUGUCAAGAAUACGCUGUAUCUGCAGAUGAGCAGCCUGAGACCCCAGGACACGGCCGUGUACUAUUGUUCAACUGACACAAUGAGAGAAACCUCAGUGGGAGUCAGUCAUAAACUUCCGUGCAGGGUCGCUGAGGACCAGCAGGUGUCGCUCUAG